GUCGAGGAGUAUCGCAAUAAGGAAGAGGGCAAAGAUUAUCCUGAGGGAUUCUGGGAAGAAUCUUUCAAGCACUUCACCGACAACAAACCAUUCGGCUCAAGUAGCGUAGGGGUAGACGUUUCAUUUGUUGGAUUCCGAAGUGCUUACGGCUUACCGGAGCAUGCUGAUUCCUUUGCCCUCAAGACCACUGUGGGAAACUCGGAUCCAUAUCGGCUUUACAAUCUUGAUGUUUUCGAGUACGAAAUUGAUAAUCCGAUGUCUCUCUACGUCGCUAUCCCCUAUAUAGUGGCUCAUAGAGAAAACUCCUCUAUAGGAGCAUUAUGGCUCAACUCUGCUGAAACAUGGAUUGAUACUAGCUCGUCAGCUUCGGUCAAAGGCUUCUUCCGAAGUGUCAUAGAUAAGGUUAUGUCUAGCGAGAAUGUCCCACAUUUCGAUGCACAUUUUAUGUCCGAAACAGGCCUCAUUGACAUAUUCUUCUUUGGAGGCUCAUCGCCAAGAGAUCUGCAACGGCAGCUAUCGAAAACCACCGGAGUAAGUGCUGUGCUAUGCUCUUUCGUUUUCUUAGGCGUGAUCUGGGUCACACCACUACCUCCACUGUUUUCCCUUGCAUAUCAUCAAUGUCGCUGGAAUUACAAUGAUGAGCAGGACGUGCAGCAGGUGAACGAGAAUUUCGACGUAUACGACAUACCGAUGGAUGUGAUAUGGUUGGAUAUAGAGCACACUGAUGGAAAGAAGUAUUUCACUUGGGAACCACAUAAGUUCGCUCAUGCAAAGGAAAUGAUAGACAAAGUGGCAGCGAGGGGUCGUAAGAUGGUGACAAUAAUCGAUCCCCAUAUCAAGAAGGAUGACGACUACUAUGUCUACAAAGAGGCAAAAGAUUCUGGAUAUUUUGUGAAAAAAGCGGAUGGCACAACCGAUUUUGAAGGACAUUGCUGGCCCGGAGCCAGCUCUUAUCUGGAUUUUCUGAAUCCUGAGGUAUAUAUUCAAGCUGCUUUUUUGCAAUUUUUCAAGCAUUUUUGCAAACUUAGUCAUCUUUUUUGAAC